AUGGCGGCAAGAAAAAGGAGAGAGCUUUUUACUAUUUUGGAAACUAGCGCGGACACAGAAACUAAUACCGUCUCCGACAGUGAAGAGUGUCCGUUAAAUCUUUCAGUAGAUGUGAAGUGGUUCGAGAUUCCUUUUAGAAAGCCGGACUCGGACUCGGAGGAAGAAGAACUACAGGAGAACGAGGGGGAGACUGAAUUCAAAAGCACAGCGGCAGCAGACGAGACUGCGGACUCAGCCAGCUACAUCGCGGGAGGCGGUUGCAAUAUUAUUUUAGUCACUGGAAAUGGGAUCAAGCACGAAGAGUACGCUGAGGAGUACGCUGAGGAGUCCUAUUAUUCUACCUCCAAUAACUGCUCUGAAACAACGUCUACCGACUCGGACAUUGAUUUUUCUGAUUUAGAGGAGGAAGAACACUCGGGGUUAUUCAGUUCAGAUGAUCUUUUAGACGAAGACUGCACUUCUCCGGACUUCUGGGGAGAGCCCGAUCAGGUAAUAUCAAUUGAGCCAUUCACUGCUGUCAGUGGCCCUCAGCACUCGCUGGGGGAUGAUGCUGACACACUAGACUACUUCCGGUUGCUCUUCCCAGAUUCAUUGUUUGAACACAUGGUAGAACAAACAAACAACUACGCCCUCUAUAGGCAAAGGAGGAGUGGGAGAUCAGAUGCCCACUGGCAUCCCACUGACCUGAGGGAGAUGAGGGCUUAUAUAGGUCUGAACAUUCUCAUGGGCAUAAACCAACUCCCUGACUACGGCAUGUAUUGGGCCAGUGACAUAUUCAUAGGGAACGCUGGCUUCAAAAAGACCAUGACGGCGCGGCGCUUCGAGAAGCUGAACCAAAACAUCCACCUGUGCGACCGUGAAUCGGAACCGACGCGCGGCGAACUGGGCUAUGACGGCCUUUACAAAAUCCGCCCCCUGCUGGACGUGGUGGAGAACACCAUGUGGGACUCGUACGUGCCCAACCGCUGCCUCACCAUCGACGAGUGCGCGAUCACCUCGAAAGGCCGCUUCUCGCCCACGCAAUACAUGCCCUCGAAGCCCCUGAAGAAGGGGCUGAAAGUCUGGAUGCUCUGCGACUCGCGCUCGGGCUACUGCCACCGCACGCGCGUCUACGUGGGCAAGCCGGGCGAGGAGGCGGUGCUCGGCGUGGCCCGCAAGGCGGUGACCUCGCUGGUGCGCGGCCUGGAGGCCAAGCACCAUCACAUCUUCAUGGACAGCUUCUUCACCUCCGUGCCGCUGCUGCAGCGGCUCCUGCGGGACGGCCUGUACGCCUGCGGGCCCACCCAGCCGGCCCGCCGCGGCUACCCGGACGCCCUCAAGCCGCGCAACGUGGGCAAGCUGGCGCCCGGCGAGUUCUACCAGUGCCAGCACGGCAACCUGGUGGCCACGGUGACGCGAGACGUCAAGGUGAUGAGCUGCCUGUCGACCAACUCGGCGCCGGGCAUCGUGGGCAUCAGCCCCAGCAGGCAAAGGGACGGAGACAGUGAUGGGGACAGCAGCGGCGGCGGCAUCGGCCCCUGCGGCAUCGGCAUGGGGGUGCCGCGUCCGCUGCCGCUGCUGCUGUACCAGGAGAACAUGCGCGGCGUGGACCUGUGCGACCAGCUGCGCGAGUGCUACCAGGUGGGCCGGCCGUGCAAGAAGUGGUGGCGCUACUUCCUGUGGUUCUACGUCAACCUGUGCAUCGUCAACGCCUACGUGAUCCUGCGGGAGACGCGGAGCGGCGCGCCGCCGGCCGGCUUCAACGGCAAGCAGUUCACGCAGCGCCACUUCCGCGUGCGCCUGGCCCAGCAGCUCAUCGGGGACUACCAGGGCGCGCGGGGCAUGGAGCGCGCCGCCCGCAAGCGCCACGCAGACUCGCCCCUGGAGUACGGCCACCGGCUGGAGCGCAUGUCCGAGCGCUCGCGUCGCUGCCGGAACUGUACCAACAAGGGCCUACGGCACGAGAGCGUGUUUGGCUGCAAGAUCUGCAAUGUGCACCUCUGCCGUGGAGGCUGCUUCUCGGAAUUCCAUAAAUAA